AGACAGUCAUUGGUUCGGUGAGUUGACGGGUUUCUGCUCCGGAGCUAUCUCCUUUGGAAGACCAAACAAGUCGUCCUGGCGGUGCAGGGGCCAUCAAAUACCUCCGUUCUAGUCCUGUUCAGACAGGACAUGAAAAUGCUGAUGAUGCCAAACGACCUCAGCAUGCUGAAGAUGGAGAACGGAACGACGCGUCCGAUCCGGUCCGGCUACGACCUGCCCGUGUACGGCCUGGACAACGGCCAAUUCUACGUGAUCCACAUCGCGGCACUCUGCUGCAUCGCGGCCAGCUUCUGCUGCGCGCUCACCACGUUCGUGUGCUCGUUCCGCUCGCACCGGCGGCCGUUCUUCCUCUGGUCGCAGAGUGACCGCAUCGUCGUCUACCUGGCUGUGUGUGACGGCCUGUUCAACGUGUCGCACUCGCUGGACCACCUGCACUACGUCAUCCAGCGGGGCCACGUUACGCCGCCGGCGCUGUGCGCCUUCUACGGCUUCAUGCUGUCCGAGUUCAUAUCGGCGCAGAACAUACUGGUUCUCAUCACGGCCAUCAACGCGUGCCUGCUGGUACACCGCUAUCGGGGUCUGUCAUUCGGCAAGUGCGACUGGCGGCUGCUUUCGAUCAUCUUCGGCACCCCUGCUCUCUUUGGCUUCGUGGUGGCCAGUCUGGACGGCUUCGGACCUACGGGUACCUUCUGCUACUUUGACGCCGUCAAGGGCUCCAUCGCCAACAUCCUAUUUACGACAACAGCCCUCGGCGUAGUCUUGGUAUCCUGCGCCGUUCUAUACGUCUUCACCUGGCUGCAGAUCUACCGAGAGGCACGCAACAACAAGGAGGUUCUCGGUCAGUCUCAGCUAAGUCAUUCCGUCCUGGCUGCGGCCAAGACGUGUCUGCUGCUGGUGGCGGCGUUCUUCGUGCAGUGGUGGGCGAUGGCGCUGUACGGCACGUGGCAGCUGGUGGAGCCGCCGCCGCAGCUGCUCUUCCAGUUCGUCACCACCUUCUCCAACACCGGCGGCGUGCUCAACUUCAUCGUCUUCUGCAUUAUCUAUCGGAGACGGAAGGUAGCGCGCUCUCGCAGCCCGAAAACCGGCUUCACGUGCUACCUGACGGAGUCAUGAGCCUCGCCGUGUGGGCGUGGUCAAGGACUCAGGAAUGCUUGUGCUCGGACAGAUUCAGUCGAGUCGGCUGUGGGACUAAAUUAUGCUAUGCAUCAUGUGCCUUAUGUUGUGAGGUGGUUCUUGUGAGUUGUGCCUUUGAAAUGAUGAGCUUGUUUUGUGUCAAUUUAUGUAGGUAGUGAAUGAAGGGUAUUUAGCAAUGAGUGUCAAACAGUGUUUGCCCUGUUUUGCUGGUGUUCUAUAUGCGUUAUUGCAUGUGUUCGGCCACAUUUUUCUACGUUCUACCUUCUUAUAUAUUUAAACCAAGCAUAAGAACACCAGCCCGCCAUGUCAGCAAGUAUGUGGGAGGGCGACCAAAACGCUUGCACAUUGCUCACGCUGUCCCGUCAUUAUUCUGGUCCGUUCAUUUGUAAAUGUGUCGCAAAGCGCGUGUUCAACAAGUAGGCUAUAGCAUAUAGGCAUUCGCAUCGUUAUGUCUAGUCAUUAGUGUUAUACAUAAUGAUGCCGCUAAUUGUUUGAUGCAUUGCUUAUGGCUAGUGGAUGCCGCCAAUCUCAUUGUGAUAAGUGUAUGUAUUGCGCUAUAUAUUUGUUAUGAUAUGCUGCUGGUCAUUUUUGAAUACAUGGACC